AUGGUCGACCGCGUCCACCCAAUGCCAUCGCCGCCGCAUCCCGCGUCCCCGCCGUCACCGGGCAAGGAGGAGGACGCGGCGGCGGCGGCGGCCACGGAGACCACGCCGCUCCACCCGGCCUUCCACGCCCCGCCGGUGGCGCCGCCGGGCAUGUACAUCGUGCAGAUCCCCAAGGACCAGGUCCUGCGCGUGCCUCCCCCCGACCGGGCCCGCCGCUACAGGGCCCUCGCGGGGCGCCCGGCCCGGCAGCGCCGCCUGCGCCGCGCCUGCUUCGGCGCCUGCGGGGCCGUGCUCCUCCUGCUCCUCGCCGCCGCCGCGCUCGUCGGCGCCGUCUACCUCGUCUUCCGCCCCCGCGCGCCCGCCUUCUCCGUCUCCUCCCUCUCCAUCCGCGGCCUCGACGCCCAGUCCUCCUCGGCCUCGGCGCUCUCCCCGGUGCUCGACCUCGCCGUGCGCGCGGACAACGGCGCGAACGGCAAGGUCGGCGUCGACUACCGCGGCGGCGGCGAGGUGUCCGUGUCCUACUCCGGCACGCGCCUCGCGGCCGGAGCCUGGCCGGCGUUCCGCCAGCCGCCGAGGAACGUCACGGCGCUCUCCGCGACGCUGAGCGGCGCCGGCGUGAGCUUCAGCGACGAGCAGAGGAAGCAGCUCGCCGCGGAGCAGGCGGCGCGCGCGGUGCCGCUCACGGUGGAGGCGCGGGUGCCGGUGAGGCUGCUGUUCGGGAAAGUGCUGCGGACGUGGACGGUGGACGUCAAGGCGACGUGCCGGGUGACGGUGGACACGCUGGCCGGCGAGGCGGCGGCGGCCGGCAGAGGGUGUCGGGUCAAGGUCAGGCCGUUCCUGUGGUGGUGGUGGUAGCUGGCGAUCGCCGGCGCCGCUCGUGGUGAAGAUGGGUUAACGGCUAGCGAAAUUAAUGGCGGCGGAGGCAUCGAUGGAGUGAACUAAAAUUUGUAAUUUAUGGAGAUUAUUUUGGGUUGUUUGGAAUACAUUAUUACUAUCUUAGUCCCGCA